CCGCUGCUCGCCGCGCCGCGCCGGGGCUACACGCGCUGCUAACGGAGCGCAGGGCAAAUGCCAUAGGAUGACCGCUGCUGGUCCCCUCUUACUGGCUGUGAUAUCGUCUCUCCUGUGGCUCACGCGGGGCUUCGACCCGGCUCCCAGCGCCUGCUCCGCUCUGGCCUCCGGCGUCCUCUACGGCUCCUUCUCCCUCAAGGACCUCUUCCCCACCAUCUCCUCCGGCUGCUCCUGGACCCUGGAGAACCCCGACCCCACCAAGUACUCGCUCUACCUCCGCUUCAACCGGGAGGAGCAGGUCUGCACCCACUUCUCUCCCAUGGUGCUGCCACUCGACCACUACCUGGCCAACUACACGUGCGACCCCCGGGGCGAAGCCGCCAGCCCCCCGCCCUCCCGCCAGCGGCCCGAGGAGGAGGAGGAGGAGGAGGAGGAGGAGGACGCCGAGCUGGAGCUGUGCGAGGACGCGGGGCCCUUCACCUUCCUCCACUUCGACAAGAACUUUGUGCAGCUGUGCCUGGCGGCCGAGCCCGAGGCGGCCCCUCGCCUGCUGGCCCCCCAGGCCCUGGAAUUCCGCUUCGUGGAGGUGCUGCUCAUCAACAACAACAACUCCAGCCAGUUCACCUGCAGCGUGCUGUGCCGCUGGCUCGAGGAGUGCCUGCAGGCGCCCGGCGCCCGCCGCUGUGGCUUCACCCACGCCGGCUGCAGCUGCCAGGCCGAGAGCCCGCCGGCGCCGCGGCGCAACGGCACCCGGCACGCGGCCAGAGCGCCCACCCCGCCGCCCGCCGACCCCGACUGCUGCCCCACCGACCUGCAUUCUGCGAAUGCCAACGACGUCGACCUGCCCGAGGUGCCACACGGCAAUGCGGUCGAGGAGAACCAGAAGGUGAAGACCCAGUGGCCACGGUCAGCAGAUGAACCAGGUGUCUACAUGGCCCAGACAGGGGACCCGGCGGCGGAGGAGUGGUCUCAGUGGAGCGUGUGCUCUCUGACGUGCGGGCAGGGCUCCCAGGUGCGGACGCGCUCCUGCGUGUCCUCCCCGUACGGGACGCUGUGCUCCGGGCUGCUCCGGGAGACGCGCGCCUGCAACAACACCGCCACCUGCCCAGUGGAAGGGCAGUGGCUGGAAUGGGGCGCCUGGAGCCGCUGCUCCGUCACCUGCGCCAACGGCACCCAGCAGCGCACGCGCAAGUGCAGCGUCUCGGCCCACGGCUGGGCCGAGUGCCGGGGGGCCCACGCCGACGCCCGGGAGUGCUCCAACCCCACCUGUCCCACAGACAGCAAGUGGGGUCCCUGGAACCACUGGAGCCUCUGCUCCAAGACCUGUGACACCGGCUGGCAGCGCCGCUUCCGCAUGUGCGAGGGCACGGGCGUGCAGGGCUACCCCUGCGAGGGCACCGGCGAGGAGGUGAAGCCCUGCAACGAGAAGAAGUGCCCAGCCUACCACGAGAUGUGCAAGGACGAGUACGUCAUGCUGAUGACCUGGAAGAAAACGGCUGCCGGGGAGAUCAUCUACAACAAAUGCCCCCCCGAUGCCACAGGGACUGCCAGCCGCCGGUGCCUGCUGAGCCCCCACGGGGUGGCCUACUGGGGUGUGCCCAGCUUCGCCCGCUGCAUCUCCCACGAGUACCGAUACUUGCAUCUCUCACUGCGGGAGCACCUGGCCAAGGGGCAGCGGGUGCUGGCAGGGGAGGGGAUGUCGCAGGUGGUGCGGAGCCUCCUGGAGCUCAUGGCCCGCAAGACCUACUACAGCGGGGACCUGCUCUUCUCCGUGGAGAUCCUGCGCAACGUCACCGACACCUUCAAGAGGGCCACCUACACCCCGUCCUCCGAGGACGUGCAGCGCUUCUUCCAGGUGGUGAGCUACAUGGUGGACGCCGAGAACCGGGACAAGUGGGAGGAUGCCCAGCAGGUCUCUCCUGGCUCUGUGCACCUGAUGAAGGUGGUGGAGGACUUCAUCCACCUGGUCGGGGACGCGCUGAAGGCUUUCCAGAGCUCCCUCAUUGUCACGGACAACCUGGUGACCAGCAUCCAGCGGGAGCCCGUCUCUGCCGUGUCCAGCGACAUCAACUUCCCCAUGAAGGGGCGGCGGGGCAUGAAGGAUUGGGCCCGCAGCUCCGAGGACAAGCUCUUCAUCCCCAGGGAGGUGCUGAGCCUCGCCUCUGCCGAAGCGGACGAGUCGUCCCACUUUGUCAUCGGGGCGGUGCUGUACCGCACGCUGGGGCUCAUCCUGCCCCCCCCCAGGGCCCCCCUGGCCGUCACCUCCAAGGUGCUGACGGUGACGGUGCGCCCGCCGACCAGGCCCACGGAGCCCCUCGUGCUGGUGGAGCUCUCCCACAUCAUCAAUGGAACGUCCCACCCACAGUGCGUCACCUGGGACUACUCGAGGACGGAUGCUGGCUUGGGAAACUGGGACACGGAGAGCUGCCAAACCCUGGAGACCCUCCCGGCACACACCAAAUGCCAGUGCCGCCAGCUCGCCACCUUCGCCGUCCUCGCCCAGCUGCCCAGAGACCUGGCCAUGGACCCCUCGGGCACCCCGUCGGUGCCACUGAUGAUCGGCUGUGCCGUGUCCUGCAUGGCCCUGCUGACCCUGCUGGUGAUCUACGCUGCCUUCUGGAGGUUCAUCAAGUCUGAGCGUUCCAUCAUCCUGCUCAACUUCUGCGUCUCCAUCCUGGCUUCCAACAUCCUCAUCCUCGUGGGCCAGUCCCAGAUGCUCAGCAAGGGCGUGUGCACCAUGACAGCCGCCUUCCUCCACUUCUUCUUCCUCUCGUCCUUCUGCUGGGUGCUGACGGAGGCCUGGCAGUCCUACCUGGCGGUGAUCGGCCGGAUCCGGACACGCCUGGUCAGGAAGCGCUUCCUGUGCUUGGGAUGGGGGUUGCCAGCCCUCGUGGUCGCGGUCUCCGUCGGCUUCACACGGACCAAAGGCUACGGGACGGCGACCUACUGCUGGCUCUCGCUGGAGGGCGGUUUGCUCUACGCCUUCGUGGGACCCGCUGCCGUCAUCGUGCUGGUGAACAUGCUGGUUGGCAUCAUCGUGUUCAACAAGCUCAUGUCCCGCGACGGCAUUUCAGAUAAGUCCAAAAAGCAGCGAGCUGGCUCGGAGCCCCCCCCGUGCGGGAGCCUGCUGCUGAAAUGCACCAAGUGCGGCGUGGUGUCCAGCGCGGCCAUGACCUCCGCCACCGCCAGCAGUGCCAUGGCAUCGCUGUGGAGCUCCUGCGUGGUCCUGCCUCUGCUGGCGCUGACCUGGAUGUCGGCCGUGCUCGCCAUGACCGACCGGCGCUCCAUCCUCUUCCAGGUCCUCUUCGCCGUCUUCAACUCCGUCCAGGGCUUCGUCAUCAUCACCGUGCACGGGUUCCUGCGCCGAGAGGUCCAGGACGUGGUGAAGUGUCAGAUGGGGGUGUGCAGGAGCGAGGAGAAUGAAAACUCACCUGACUCCUGCAAAAACGGGCAGGUGCAGAUCCUGACAGAUUUUGAAAAGGACGUUGACCUGGCGUGUCAGACAGUGCUGUUCAAGGAGGUGAACACCUGCAACCCUGCCACCAUCACGGGCACGUUGUCCCGCAUCUCCCUGGACGGGGACGAAGACCCCAAGCUCAACACCACGUCGGAGGGUGGCCUGGGCUUCUCCAGCCUGCCAGGGAACAUCCCUCCCACCAGCAUCCUGGUCCAGGUCCCCAAGAUGACGCCCAACGUGGUGGCGGGCUUGGGCGAGCUCGGCGACCCGCCGGCACAGCAGCUCAGCCUGGACGCGCCGGGUCCCGUCUACCUGUGCACGGAGAGCAGCCUGCGGCCCCUGGAAUACGGCUGGAUCCGGGCCCCCGAGCCCCCCCGGGAGAGCGACUACAUGAUGCUGCCCCGCCGCACCGGCAGCCUCAAGCCCUUCCCACGGGAUGAGGGGACCCUCGGUCCCGGCGCCGACGAGGGGGUGCCCGGCGGGACAGGGCGCCCGGCGGCCGAAGGUGACACCUACCCCGGCUUCGUGGCGGUGGACCACGUCAACGUGAACUUGAACCAGCCCUACGGGACGGUGAAGGCUCCCUACGGCCUCCAGUUCAAGCAGCAUCCCACCGUGCGGCAGAUCCUGGCCUCGGAGCUGUCGGAGCGCAGCCGCACCAUGCCCCGCACCGUCCCCGGCUCUGCCAUGAAAGUGGGGUCCCUGGAGAGGAAGAGGUUGCGGUACUCUGACCUGGACUUUGAGAAGGUGAUGCACACACGGAAGCGCCACUCUGAGCUCUACCACGAGCUCAACCAGAAGUUCCACACGCUGGACAGGUACCGGGCUCCGUCUGCCGGCUCCUCCAAGCGAGAAAAGCGGUGGAGCGUCUCGUCGGGCGGCGGGGAGAAGAGCACGGCCAACGACGUGACCAGCCCCGAGGAGCAGCGGCCGCAGGCCCCGGCCGCGCCGCCCAAGCCAUGGAGCACGUUCAAGGCGAUGACACUGGGCGCCCUGCCCAGUGCCCAGCGGGACCGGCUGGAGCUGUGCCGGGCAGACUGGGAGAGCCCCUGCGCCGGCCUGGAUGCGGCCGACGGCGACUUCCAGACGGAGGUGUGA